AUGGUCAUCCACCAGCGACCCGCCACCCCGAUGGACGGCUUUGCUGCCGCCAUGCCGCUCUACAACAUGAUAACCGCUGAGACCGACGCCCGCCUCCGCGAGGGGCUCGCCGCCGCUGUUGGACAUACCGUUGCUGCCGUGUCGCGCAGGACCACUGCCGCCAUGGAGGAGAGCGAGGCCCGCAUCGUUGCCAAUGUUCUGGCCGCCCUGGAACACCGUGGACUGCAGCGCGAGGAUCCAACCGCCCACGUAGUCCAGACGCUGGGUAAUACGCUGGCGGACCGCCUGGAUGAGCUUCACCGCACCUUCACCGACUCUGUUCAACGCUCCCAGCAAGAGCUAGCCGUCCAGCAAGCCCACCACCGAAGGCUUCUUGCACACACCCAGCAGGUGCUUCGCGCCGAGGACCAUCACGACGGACAGUUGCACAACGAACGGAUCGCCGAGCUUCAAGCGGAGAUUGAUCGGCUUACACGGGAGGUCGUUGCGCAUGAGAUGGCCCCGCCCGGAGGGAUUCAAGGUCGCCCUGCUCGGCAAGUCGACACACCAAGAGCCGAGGAGCAUCGUCGACGUGAAGACGAGCGCAUUUGGGAGGAACACCAUGGGCAGGGAGAGGAGCGCCAUCGGGAGGAACGUCGUCGACAGGAGGGAUUGCGCCGCAAGGGAAAACAGCGUCAGGAGGAGGACGAGCACCUCCAGGAAGAGCACCGUCAGCAGGAGGAGCUCCUCCAGGAGCAACGUCGGCGGGAAGAGGAGCACGUUCAGGAAGGAUACCAUCAGCGGGAAGAGGUGCGCCCCCAGGAGGAGCAGGAGAUCCAGAGCGAACGAUCUGGCCAGGACAAUGCUUUGGCUGAGGUCGUGGCUGACCUGCAGUCAGAGGUCACAACAGCCAACAACCAAGUGAGGGCCCUGCAGCCUCGUCUCGACGAUGAGUCGUCCUCCGACAGCCAGCUGGAACGCGCCCUCGAAGACGCCAAACGCGACCGCGACGAGGCUCUAUCCCGCCUCCAACAGGCACAGACCCUCGUUGCGCACGUUCGUACUUCCUCCGCGACUGGCGAAGCCCAGCAGCAGCGCAUGUUCGAUGACUGCGUUGUCGAUCUCCAGGCCCAGCCGGAUUCCAGUCAAGAGGUUAUCGAGGAUCUGAGGCGCGAGAAGGACAACACGAGCUCAGCUGCGGAUAUGGCGGACCUUUGGAGGCGGCUCCGGAAGGCCGAGCAGGACAAGAUGCAGAAGGAGAAGGAGCUGCGGCAGAUGAAGGCUUUGGUGGCGCAGUUGCAGGGCCACCUUGCGAGGCAGCAUGCCCAAGAGGCACAGCUCCUUCAGCAUCGCCGAGCGCAACCCCGUGAACCGUCACCUGCACCAUCUGACAGCUCUUCCUCCAGCCGUGAGAGCGUCGCCGCCCGCUAUCGCGUUGUGACGGGCCUUGUUACCGCCGGCGCCUCAGCCGCUGCCCAUUAG